GCUUCCCUACUGCAGUUUGUUUCUAUUGCCCUGCCACUCAUAGGGCUUUCCCUACUGCAGUUUGUUUCUAUUGCCCUGCCACUCAUAGGGCUUUCCCUACUACAGUUUGUUUCUAUUGCCCUGCAACUCAUAGGGCUUUCCCUACUGCAGUUUGUUUAUAUUGCCCUGCCACUCAUAGGGCUUCCCCUACUGCAGUUUGUUUCUAUUGCCCUGCCCCUCAUAGGGCUUUCCCUACUGCAGUUUGCUUCUACUAUUGCCCUGCCACUCAUAGGGCUUUCCCUACUGCAGUAUGUUUAUAUUGCCCUGCCACUCAUAGGGCUUUCCCUACUACAGUUUGUUUCUAUUGCCCUGCCACUCAUAGGGCUUUCCCUACUGCAGUUUGUUUCUAUUGCCCUGCCACUCAUAGGGCUUUCCCUACUGCAGUUUGUUUAUAUUGCCCUGUCACUCAUAGGGCUUUCCCUACUGCAGUUUGUUUCUAUUGCCCUGCCACUCAUAGGGCUUUCCCUACUGCAGUUUGUUUCUAUUGCCCUGCCACUCAUAGGGCUUUCCCUACUGGAGUUUGUUUCUAUUGCCCUGCCACUCAUAGGGCUUUCCCUACUGCAGUUUGUUUCUAUUGCCCUGCCACUCAUAGGGCUUUCCCUACUGCAGUUUGUUUCUAAUGCCCUGCCACUCAUAGGGCUUUCCCUACUGCAGUUUGUUUCUAUUGCCCUGCCACUCAUCAUAGGGCUUUCCCUACUGCAGUUUGUUUCUAUUGCCCUGCCACUCAUCAUAGGGCUUUCCAUACUGCAGUUUGUUUAUAUUGCCCUGCCACUCAUCAUAGGGCUUGCCCUACUGCAGUUUGUUUCUAUUGCCCUGCCACUCAUCAUAGGGCUUCCCCUACUGCAGUUUGUUUCUAUUAUCCUGCCACUCAUAGGGCUUUCCCUACUGCAGUUUGUUUCUAUUGCCCUGCCACUCAUAGGGCUUUCCCUACUGCAGUUUGUUUCUAUUGCCCUGCCACUCAUCAUAGGGCUUUCCCUACUGCAGUUUGUUUCUAUUGCCCUGCCACUCAUAGGGCUUUCUCUACUGCAGUUUGUUUAUAUUGCCCUGUCACUCACAGGGCUUUCCCUACUGCAGUUUGUUUCUAUUGCCCUGCCACUCAUAGGGCUUUCCCUACUGCAGUUUGUUUCUAUUGCCCUGCCACUCAUCAUAGGGCUUUCCCUACUGCAGUUUGUUUCUAUUGCCCUGCCACUCAUAGGGCUUUCUCUACUGCAGUUUGUUUAUAUUGCCCUGUCACUCACAGGGCUUUCCCUACUGCAGUUUGUUUCUAUUGCCCUGCCACUCAUAGGGCUUUCCCUACUGCAGUUUGUUUCUAUUGCCCUGCCACUCAUAGGGCUUCCCUACUGCAGUUUGUUUCUAUUGCCCUGCAACUCAUAGGUUUUUCCCUACUGCAGUUUGUUUCUAUUGCCCUGCCACUCAUAGGGCUUUCCCUACUACAGUUUGUUUCUAUUGCCCUGCAACUCAUAGGGCUUUCCCUACUGCAGUUUGUUUAUAUUGCCCUGCCACUCAUAGGGCUUUCCCUACUGCAGUUUGUUUCUAUUGCCCUGCCACUCAUAGGGCUUUCCCUACUGCAGUUUGCUUCUAUUGCCCUGCCACUAAUAGGGCUUUCCCUACUGCAGUUUGUUUCUAUUGCCCUGCCACUCAUAGGGCUUUCCCUACUACUGUUUGUUUCUAUUGCCCUGCCACUCAUAGGGCUUUCCCUACUGCAGUAUGUUUCUAUUGCCCUGCCACUCAUAGGGCUUUCCCUAUUGCAGUUUGUUUAUAUUGCACUGUCACUCAUAGGGCUUUCCCUACUGCAGUUUGUUUCUAUUGCCCUGCCACUCAUAGGGCUUUCCAUACUGCAGUUUGUUUCUAUUGCCCUGCCACUCAUAGGGCUUUCCCUACUGCAGUUUGUUUAUAUUGCCCUGCCACUCAUAGGGCUUUCCCUACUGCAGAUUGUUUCUAUUGCCCUUCCACUCAUAGGGCUUUCCAUACCUACUGCUGUUUGUUUCUAUUGCCCUGCCACUCAUAGGGCUUUCCCUACUGCAGUUUGUUUCUAGUGCCCUGCCACUCAUCAUAGGGCUUUCCCUACUGCAGUUUGUUUCUAUUGCCCUGCCAUUCAUCAUUGGGCUUUCCCUACUGCAGUUUGUUUCUAUUGCCCUGCCACUCAUAGGGCUUUCCCUACUGUAGUUUGUUUCUAUUGCCCUGCCACUCAUAGGGCUUUCCCUACUGCAGUUUGUUUCUAUUGCCCUGCCACUCAUAGGGCUUUCCCUACUACUGUUUGUUUCUAUUGCCCUGCCACUCAUAGGGCUUUCCCUACUGCAGUAUGUUUCUAUUGCCCUGCCACUCAUAGGGCUUUCCCUACUGCAGUUUGUUUAUAUUGCACUGUAACUCAAUAGGCUUUCCCUACUGCAGUUUGUUUCUAUUGCCCUGCCACUCAUAGGGCUUUCCAUACUGCAGUUUGUUUCUAUUGCCCUGCCACUCAUAGGGCUUUCCCUACUGCAGUUUGUUUAUAUUGCCCUGCCACUCAUAGGGCUUUCCCUACUGCAGAUUGUUUCUAUUGCCCUUCCACUCAUAGGGCUUUCCCUACCUACUGCAGUUUGUUUCUAUUGCCCUGCCACUCAUCAUAGGGCUUUCCAUACUGCAGUUUGUUUCUAGUGCCCUGCCACUCAUCAUAGGGCUUUCCAUACUGCAGUUUGUUUCUAUUGCCCUGCCACUCAUCAUAGGGCUUUCCCUACUGCAGUUUGUUUCUAUUGCCCUGCCAUUCAUCAUUGGGCUUUCCCUACUGCAGUUUGUUUCUAUUGCCCUGCCACUCAUAGGGCUUUCCCUACUGUAGUUUGUUUCUAUUGUCUUGCCACUCAUAGGGCUUUCCCUACUGCAGUUUGUUUCUAUUGCCCUGCCACUCAUAGGGCUUUCCCUACUGCAGUUUGCUUCUAUUGCCCUGCCACUCAUAGGGCUUUCCCUACUGCAGUUUGUUUCUAUUGCCCUGCCACUCAUAGGGCUUUCCCUACUACAGUUUGUUUCUAUUGCCCUGCCACUCAUAGGGUUUUCCCUACUGCAGUUUGUUUCUAUUGCCCUGCCACUCAUAGGGCUUUCCCUACUGCAGUUUGUUUCUAUUGCCCUGCCACUCAUAGGGCUUUCCCUACUGCAGUUUGUUUCUAUUGCCCUGCCACUCAUAGGGCUUUCCCUACUGCAGUUUGUUUCUAUUGCCCUGCCACUCAUAAGGCUUUCCCUACUGCAGUUUGUUUCUAUUGCCCUGCCACUCAUAGGGCUUUCCCUACUGCAGUUUGUUUCUAUUGCCCUGCCACUCAUAGGGCUUUCCCUACUGCAGUAUGUUUCUAUUGCCCUGCUACUCAUAUGGCUUUCCCUAAUGCAGUUUGUUUCUAUUGCCCUGCCACUCAUCAUAUGGCUUUCCCUACUGCAGUUUGUUUCUAUUGCCCUGCCACUCAUCAUAGGGCUUUCCAUACUGCAGUUUGUUUAUAUUGCCCUGCCACUCAUCAUAGGGCUUUCCCUACUGCAGUUUGUUUCUAUUGCCCUGCCAUUCAUCAUAGGGCUUUCCCUACUGCAGUUUGUUUCUAUUGCCCUGCCACUCAUAGGGCUUUCCCUACUG